CGGAAGGCAGAGCGGCUGAGUGAAUGGCGAGCCGGCUGGGCGCGCCGCUGCUGCUGGCCCUGUGGGGAGCGCUGGAGGUGGCAGGUUUUCUGGAAGUGGAGAUGGCAGGGAAGACUCAGGUCGUGUUCCUCAAUGACGAUGUCACCAUCUACUGUAAGAUCCCCGGUUCCCCACUCCUGGACAGCAGCAUCAUGGGUGUCAUGUGGUUUCGGAAGAUUCAAGGAUCGGCAAUGGAAGCCAGGCUCUUUGAGUAUUAUGGCGAUCACCAAGCGGCCUUCCGACCUGGAGCCAGCGUGCCUCUUGAGCUGCUGGAGAGGGGAGACGCCUCACUGCGGCUGCCUGCGAUCCAGCUCAGGGAGGCCGGAGAGUACCGCUGUGAGGUGGUGGUCACCCCCCAGAAGGCAGAGGGCGUAGUCCAGGUGGAAGUUGUGGCUUCCCCAGCCGGCAAAGUAACUCUGGACCAAGCCCCAACGAAAGAAAACAGAUACGCACGUGUGGUGUGCAAGUCAGCUGGGUUCUACCCUGAAUCCAUUAACGUAACUUGGGAGAAGUGGACCCAGAAGGCUCCCCAGCACCUACAGAUUUCCGAAGGCAUCUUCACUGGCCCUCCGGUCAAGAAUGAGGAUGGGACGUUUAAUGUUACUAGCUACUUGACGCUGAAGUCGCCAGUGGAAGCUGAUGGGGCCAUCUACCAGUGCGUGGUGGGACACAUAUCCUUGCACACCUCCCAGAGGUUCAGCCUUCCAGCGAUUGAGACAGAAUCUGUGACGGGAAACGUCUUUGGGAAUAAUUUCUACUCUAUUCCUGUGGCAACUGCAGUUAUUGGACUGAUUUUUUUAACUUUUUUAAUUUUUAAUUUAAAAUAUUUAUUUAUUGAUUUGAAAGUCAGUUACACAGAGAGAGGAGUGGCAGAGAGACAGAGAGUGGGGGUGGGGGAGGUCUUCCAUCCGAUGGUUCACUCCCCAAUUGGCCGUAAUGGCCAGUGCUGCGUCGAUCUGAAGCCAGGAUCCAGGAUUUUCUUGCAGGUCUCCCAGGGACUGUCGGAAUACUAAUGCAUCCGGCAGUGAUAUUAGUUGACAAAGAAGAUGUGGUACAAGGGGUUAAGGUGCUACUUGCAAUGCCAGCAUCCCAUAUCAGAAUACUGCAUUGAGUCCCAGCUGCUCCAUAGGACCAGCACACGUGUGCUGUACUUCACUGCCUGAAGCACCUUCACGGGACACAUGGCUCUAUGUUUCUCUUGUUGAAUGUAUUCCCAUGUGUUUUAUUCCCCUUGUUUACUUUAUUAAAGUACUGAGCAUUUCACACGUAUAUUUUUGGCUCCCCACCAUUUCCAUG